AUGGGACUUUCGGGUAGAGGCCCUACUGUCAUGCCCGGUUAUAAGGGGUCGGGCCGCAAUGGCCUGUCUGGUAAUCGAGAGCAGACGUCUGGUGCUGCAUACAUUGAGAUAGAUGACGAUGAUGUGGAUGAACUUGCACAUGACAAUGUUCCGUGCUCUUCGCCGUAUUUCACACAGCCGACGCAGAUCGUUGGCAGGACUACUCAGCCUACUCAAAUAAUAGACCGAAAUGCGCCAAAGUUACCAUCGUCCCCAUUGGUGCCAAGUACGCCGAACACUAUUAUUGAAGUACCUGCUUCGUCGCCGUUCCAGUCUAAGAGUCAGGCAAAACCUUCAAUAGUGCCGGAUAGGAUGUCUGGAGCAGCCAGUAGAAUUGGCUCGUUAAUGGCACCGGCUGGAACUACAUUUAGACCGCCUGGUGUUCAGAAAACGUUAUACGGCGCCAACAACUCUACUAAAAAGAGGGACUAUUUAGAGAUAUCAGAUGAUGACCUGAUAGAGGACUAUAAGAAAAAUGACAGCUCGGAUGACGGCACGCCUGUUAGGGGAGACAUACGACCUUCAUCUUUUAUGAAGAAGAGUACCCCGACGAAGAACAAAAACGUGUGGUAUCCAAACGAAGAUAUAUCUUUCAAUGAUAUUCGGGAUAUCAGAUUACGAACACUUACCAGUCAGGUUUAUAAGAUUGUUCAGAGGGCCAAACCAGGGAUUACAGUCCGGGCUUGCAAGGAAGCAUUGCAGAAGGACGUGGGCUGGCAGGUGACAAAAGCGGUAGACCUUUUGACAGGCAGAACUACUAAAACCUUGUCGUCGCCUACCAAAGUAAAUGAUGCACCAACCACUAGCCCAUAUAACAACAGCACCCGCCAAAAUUCCAGCAGUGUUGAGUCACCUCCUGCCUCCCCAAAAUUAGGACGGUCUGCUCCCAAAAACACUCUGCAAUCUUUUCUGAAAAAGGACCCAUCUACUACAAACUCUAGUAGAUCUUCUCAGUCUUUUACAGAACGUUUGCAGACACAGAAAUCAACCGGUUCUUCUGCUCGUUCGAUCAAUUCGUUCGACACAGAUAAAAGUAGUAACCCUCCUCGACGCAGACGUCUUGUGCAAGGACGAAGAAGAUCGCCUACUCCGCCACCAGUUUUCUCUAUUUCAUCUUCAUCAACAUCUUCACCCACAACGCCCACCCAAUCACGAGACAGUUCGCCGGCAAAGGAAUCGAAAAUGAGCACCACUACCAAGAACCCCGCUGCGUCUAAGGCGCUAGCUAAUGGUCAACGAACAAUUGGUAUGCCCAUGUCAACAACUAUUGAUAAGUUUCCAGAUCGUGACUUACCUUUAAUUUUAGGUGGCUCGGGUCAACCUCAGAAGAGAAAAACUGAUUCCAAAGACUUGCCGCAAGCGAAGAGGGCUAAGCCAGCAGCGAAUAAGUCUUCUACUCCGCCACGCAAGAGGAAGUCUCCAACGCCUAAGAAGAUGAAGGAUGAACUCGGUUAUGACACCUCUGACUACGAAGAUAACAGCGCCGCGGCUCCGAGCAAGCAAAUCGAGAAUGUGUUGAAUUAUCUCAAUACCUGUACUGUUGAGACUUUGGGCCAAAUGAUUGGCUCGACGAACGACGCUAAGCUUAUGGUCGCAUCACGUCCCUUCAAGACUAUCGAAGACGCAGAGGGAGUUACGCGCCUAGGUAAUAAGUCUAAGUCUAAGUCUAAAGCGAAGUCUAAGAAGUUUCAAUAUUUCCCGGUUGGUGAGAAUGUCGUCGAGAAACUGACGGGUUGGCUGGAGGCCUGCGAUGCCGCGAAGGCUGUUAUUGACGAGUGUGAGAAGAGAGGUCGCGAGAUUAAGACGGCUAUGUCUACCUGGCCCCUGGACAGUAACGGCGAAACUAAAACCGAUACGGAGGGACUCGGCGAGUUACCGAUUGGAGAGAUGCCAGAGUACAUGGAUGAGUCAGUCCGGUUGAAACCAUACCAACUAGUGGGACUCAACUGGAUGAGUCUUCUUCAUUCUAAAGGCUAUUCUGGUAUUCUUGGUGAUGAUAUGGGCCUCGGAAAGACCUGUCAAGUUAUUUCAUUCAUCGCUCACCUGGCCGAAUUAGAACCCGAGGAAGGCGCUCGGAAUCCUUGGCCCAACUUGGUUGUAGUGCCGCCGAGUACCUACGAGAACUGGAUUUCGGAAUUCCAAAAGUUUGCCCCUGAGAUUAGUGUCUUCCCUUAUUCGGGCUCUCACCGCCUAGACAGCAAUAUCGAGGAUGCGUGGAAUAGCCACGUCAUCCUCACGACCUAUACUCAGGUAGAGAGACGGCCAGAAGAUAUUCGAUGGUUGCAGGAGGCGGAUCCAUACACUGCCAUCUUCGACGAAGGACAUCGCUUCAAGAACCAGGGCACGAUAUCAUAUAAACAACUGGGGCAGGUUCCAGCUGAGUGGCGUCUGAUUCUCACCGGCACACCCGUCCAGAACAAUCUAAAGGAGCUACUCAGCCUCCUUCGAUUUCUCGAACCCAGUCUCUUUGAAGGAAAAUCCUUCGAGACACUGAACACAAUCUUCGAGACAAAGGUCCAGAAUAAGGACGUUCUGAAUUUCGCGGCGUUGGCGUCGGAACGUGUCAAUCGUGCCCGUGCAAUUAUUGCACCGUUCAUUCUUCAACGACGCAAGGGGAUUGUCGUCGCCGAUCUUCCCGGGAAAGUUGAGCGCCUGGAAGUUGUAGGAAUGCAUGACAUUCAGAAGAAGAUAUAUGAUUCUAUUAAGGGCGACUUCGUCCUUAACAACGGUGUUAAGAGAAAAGACUCAAGCCCAUGGGUGCGGCUUCGAAAAGCUGCUAUUCACCACCAGCUAUUCCGCUACCACUUUACUGAUAGCAAGGUCAAGGAGAUGGUGGAUAUUUUGUGGAAGUCAUGCUCCGAGUCUGAACUGAAAGUUGAUAAGAAGGAUGACCGCCAUAAGGCCUAUUUCCAGGAAAUGUUGAUGGAUGGGUACGAUUUCGACCUGCACCUCUGGUGCAAGGAUUUCAAAAAGUAUAUCGGUCACCUGGAUAUUCCCCACCGAUCGUGGGAGGACAGCCCUAAGGUUCAAAAGCUGCUCGAGCUUGUGCGAGGUUACAUGAAGACAGGAGAUCGCGCUCUUGUAUUCAGCCGCUUCCAGAUGGUGAUUAGGAUCCUAGAGGAGACACUACACUACGCCAAUAUAUCAUACUGCGUACUGACGGGUUCUACGGAAACCGCUGGGCGAUUCCCGGAAUGCCAAGAGUUCACCGCCGAUCCGAGUAUCCCCGUAUUCCUCCUUACUACCGGAGCUGGUGGUACCGGCCUUAACAUCCCUGCCGCGAACAAGAUCAUCCUCUUCGACCAGUCCGAUAACCCACAGGAUGACGUUCAAGCUUCUAAUCGCGCGCACAGAAUUGGGCAGACCCGAGAGGUGGAAGUCAUUCGAAUUGUUACGGAGAAAACCGUCGAGGGUCUUAUUUACAAUUCCUGCGUCAAGAAACUUGUUUUGGCUGCUCGUGUCGAAGGACAAUAUGAUGAGGAUGAUGAGGAACCCGUGGAAGUUCAAUGUAAACGACUCAUGCUCUUGGAACCGGAUAUUGAUACUGCGACUGAGAUAGCUCCGUCUACUCAACAAAUAUAG